AUGAACAUGCACAUUAAGACAGUGAGAAAAUUGUACACACUCAUAGAUGUACUGUUCUAUAAUCCAUCAUCAUCAUCAUCAUCAUCAUCAUCAUCAUCAUCAUCAUCAUCAUCAUCAUCAUCAUCAUCAUCAUCAUCAUCAUCAUCAUCAUCAUCAUCAUCAUCAUCAUCAUCAUCAUCAUCAUCAUCAUCAUCAUCAUCAUCAUCAUCAUCAUCAUCAUCAUCAUCAUCAUCAUCAUCAUCAUCAUCAUCAUCAUCAUCAUCAUCAUCAUCAUCAUCAUCAUCAUCAUCAUCAUCAUCAUCAUCAUCAUCAUCAUCAUCAUCAUCAUCAUCAUCAUCAUCAUCAUCAUCAUCAUCAUCAUCAUCAUCAUCAUCAUCAUCAUCAUCAUCAUCAUCAUCAUCAUCAUCAUCAUCAUCAUCAUCAUCAUCAUCAUCAUCAUCAUCAUCAUCAUCAUCAUCAUCAUCAUCAUCAUCAUCAUCAUCAUCAUCAUCAUCAUCAUCAUCAUCAUCAUCAUCAUCAUCAUCAUCAUCAUCAUCAUCAUCAUCAUCAUCAUCAUCAUCAUCAUCAUCAUCAUCAUCAUCAUCAUCAUCAUCAUCAUCAUCAUCAUCAUCAUCAUCAUCAUCAUCAUCAUCAUCAUCAUCAUCAUCAUCAUCAUCAUCAUCAUCAUCAUCAUCAUCAUCAUCAUCAUCAUCAUCAUCAUCAUCAUCAUCAUCAUCAUCAUCAUCAUCAUCAUCAUCAUCAUCAUCAUCAUCAUCAUCAUCAUCAUCAUCAUCAUCAUCAUCAUCAUCAUCAUCAUCAUCAUCAUCAUCAUCAUCAUCAUCAUCAUCAUCAUCAUCAUCAUCAUCAUCAUCAUCAUCAUCAUCAUCAUCAUCAUCAUCAUCAUCAUCAUCAUCAUCAUCAUCAUCAUCAUCAUCAUCAUCAUCAUCAUCAUCAUCAUCAUCAUCAUCAUCAUCAUCAUCAUCAUCAUCAUCAUCAUCAUCAUCAUCAUCAUCAUCAUCAUCAUCAUCAUCAUCAUCAUCAUCAUCAUCAUCAUCAUCAUCAUCAUCAUCAUCAUCAUCAUCAUCAUCAUCAUCAUCAUCAUCAUCAUCAUCAUCAUCAUCAUCAUCAUCAUCAUCAUACACAAACAUAGGAAAAUUCAUCCGAUUAAUUUAG